GAGUCAGUGAAGCCAUGUCUAAAUAAUCGUGUUUCACUGCUCAUUUUUUCUAGUAGAGAGUCUGUGCAAUUCACUUCUUGAAUAGAAACACCUAACUGUAGUCAAACAUGUCUACGGAAGUUGCACCUGACCAGGCUGCAGAGUACAUCCCCGAAAAGGUGAAGAAGGCAGAGAAGAAAUUGGAAGAAAAUCCUUAUGACCUCGACGCUUGGAGCAUACUGAUUCGAGAAGCACAGAAUCAACCAAUUGAUAAAGCAAGGAAGACAUAUGAACGACUUGUUGCCCAGUUCCCAAGCUCUGGUAGAUUUUGGAAACUAUACAUUGAAGCUGAGAUCAAGGCAAAAAAUUAUGACAAGGUUGAAAAGUUAUUUCAAAGAUGCCUCAUGAAGGUUCUGCACAUCGACCUGUGGAAGUGCUAUCUGUCAUAUGUCCGAGAGACCAAGGGGAAGCUGCCCAGCUACAAAGAAAAGAUGGCACAAGCCUAUGAUUUUGCCUUGGACAAGAUUGGAAUGGAGAUUAUGUCAUACCAGAUUUGGGUGGACUAUAUCAACUUCCUCAAAGGAGUUGAGGCAGUGGGGUCGUAUGCAGAGAACCAGCGAAUCACAGCAGUACGCCGGGUUUACCAAAGAGGCUGUGUAAACCCCAUGAUCAAUAUCGAACAGUUGUGGAGAGACUAUAGUAAAUAUGAGGAGGGUAUUAAUGUGCACCUUGCCAAAAAAAUGAUUGAGGACCGCAGCAGAGAUUAUAUGAAUGCCAGGAGAGUGGCUAAGGAGUAUGAGACGGUAAUGAAGGGUCUAGACAGAAAUGCACCGUCAGUGCCACCCCAAAACUCGCCACAGGAAGCCCAGCAGGUGGACAUGUGGAAGAAAUACAUUCAGUGGGAGAAGAGCAACCCUCUGCGCACAGAAGACCAAACACUCAUCACCAAGAGGGUGAUGUUUGCUUAUGAGCAGUGCCUUUUGGUACUUGGCCAUCACCCAGAUGUGUGGUACGAAGCAGCACAGUAUCUGGAGCAGUCCAGCAAGCUGCUGGCAGAGAAGGGGGACAUGAACAAUGCCAAGCUGUUCAGUGAUGAGGCAGCUAACAUUUAUGAGCGGGCCAUUGGAACCCUGCUGAAGAAGAAUAUGCUGCUGUAUUUUGCCUUUGCUGAUUAUGAGGAGAGCCGAAUGAAGCAUGAGAAGGUCCACAGCAUAUACAACCGUCUUUUAGCCAUAGAGGACAUCGACCCAACGCUGGUGUACAUCCAGUACAUGAAGUUUGCCAGGAGAGCUGAAGGGAUUAAGUCCGGCCGUACAAUUUUUAAAAAGGCCAGAGAAGAUGUCCGUACUCGCCACCAUGUCUAUGUGUCAGCAGCUCUGAUGGAGUACUACUGCAGCAAGGACAAAUCUGUGGCCUUUAAGAUAUUUGAACUUGGCUUGAAGAAGUAUGGAGACAUACCAGAGUACAUACUGGCAUAUAUUGAUUACCUCUCUCACCUCAAUGAGGACAACAACACCAGAGUCCUUUUUGAGAGAGUUCUGACUUCCGGCAGCCUGUCUCCUGAGAAAUCCGGGGAGAUCUGGGCACGUUUUCUCGCUUUUGAGAGUAAUAUUGGUGACUUGGCCAGUAUCCUGAAAGUGGAGAGGAGGCGUUUCACUGCCUUCAAAGAUGAGUAUGAAGGCAAGGAAACUGCCUUGCUUGUGGAUAGGUAUAAAUUUAUGGAUCUGUAUCCCUGCUCCACAAGUGAACUCAAAGCUCUUGGCUACAAGGAUGUGUCGCGUGCCAAACUAGCUGCCCUGAUUCCAGAGGCAGUGGUGACACCUUCUGCUCCAACGCUGAAGGAUGAGGCCGACCGAAAACCAGAGUAUCCCAAACCUGACACAAACCAAAUGAUCCCCUUUCAGCCUCGCCAUCUGGCCCCUCCUGGACUGCACCCUGUGCCUGGAGGAGUGUUCCCUGUCCCCCCAGCUGCUGUUAUCCUCAUGAAGCUUCUCCCUCCACCCACCUGCUUCACGGGUCCUUUUGUGCAGGUGGAUGAGCUGAUGGAGACUUUUAGAAGAUGUACACUUCCAGAAACUGUGGAUGCUGCUGUAGAGUUGAUUACUGGUAGACUUCCAGAAUUGGCCAGUGAAGGAAAUGGUCCAGUGGAGAACCACGCUGUGUCAAACAAGUCCUUGAAGAGACCCAAUCCUGACUCAGAUGAGGAGGAGGAGAAGGGAGCCAUUGCUCCUCCAGUUCAUGACAUCUACAGGGCACGACAACAGAAGAGGAUCCGAUGAGCCCCCAUUUCACCAGUCCCUGACAGAGAGAGGAAUCUCCUACUCGCUCACACACACUCACACUCAUAGACUCCUCUCUCUGUGCUCAUUUAUGCCCAUAAUGGACGUUAACUCCCUAACAUACCAGUGUCUGACCUCUGAUUUGCAGGGCUCUUGAUGAUAGCUUCUUCCUGAACACAGAUUGUUUUACUGUGAAUGGCACACACAGAGGAUGAUUGAGAGGAAUGUAAUCCCUUUCUGUUGACUUCUGUGGCCUACAGAUGUCCUUCAGUUCUUGUGAUUGAUUCAUGGCUUAAAUAAUUUGAUUGAGUCUCACUAUCACUCAUCUUCAGUCUCUUGCUUUUCUUUUUCUUUUUUUUUUUUUGGAUUUUUUUUUUGGAUUUUUUUUAACAGUUUUAUUUUUAAAAACUGGGUGGCUUGUAUUGUACAGAGUUUUUAUUCUGAACGUUGCAUUGACACAGUUCUGAUCUUGCCAUCUUUAGUCCUGGUAAUGGAAGAACAUUGUACAUUGUUUUGUAGUCAAAUGGGGAUUACACCAUU